AUGAAAGGUCGUAGAUCUAGACGCCAUCGACACCCUCCUGACCCGCCAAAUGACCGGCGGUUCCUUGACCUGGCGUGCAUUUCCGCAAUUCUAGAACCAGCCACCUCCACAGGACCCCCUCAAGAGAAUAUUGGAUGCUGCGAAGUCGUCGGUGGUCGGUCCUGCCCUUGCCACUUGCGAGAAGCACUUGCAGGCUUCGAUAUCUUAUCUCUCCUCACCGACCUUGCACGUCUCCUCCAGAAACAUGGACCUUAUGAGAAAAGUAAGCUGGGUUUCGAGGCAAUUAAUGUAUUCACCCAUCCAUUCUGUAUCCUCAUCAUUGACUCCCAUAGCCUCGAGGGUCUUCCAUUCGCGAACGAAUCGUUCGAUUUCGUACACAUCAAGCGUAUCGCUCGAGGCGUACCGGAAGACCAUGCGCAAACUUCAACUACCCCUCCAACGACCAGUACGACUCCAACAAUGACCUCCAUGACAUCUGUCGCAACUACAGUACCCAUCACCAUCAUGUUUGUCCCUUCCAAAAGCACCGUGCUUCUGCACUCUCCUUGGGAUCGCAUCCGCAUGCGUGUAGGACCUACUACUUCCCCUUGUUGCAGUCCUCCAGUCGUCGAGGUUCCUGCAUUAGAUGACAACAAGAGGAACGACUCCCGAGUCCUUUGUGGAACCGCUUUGUGGGACUUAGGCUGCGCGUCCUGCUGCUCGUGGAGGAACCGGAUGACGUCGUCUUUAGCACCUGUAGAACACGCUCACGAUCCAGCUGUUCUUCAACGCGCUUCAUGUUCUGACCGUGCUUGGGCAACCAAGGGUGCUGGUUUUCGAGGAGGAAGCGGUGGUAUUUUACCAUCCUUUGGCCUUUCGGGCGAUUUCUGA